AUGAAACGGCGUGUGCGUCGCGGCCUACGUACGCAGGCCUUGCAUUGGGUCGGGUCAGUGAACUCGCCCGCCCACUAUCGGGGUAAAUAUGCCGAAUGCACACAGAUGCGCGCGCCGCACCCCCGCCCGCACCCCGCGCUCCCGCCCGACGCCGCCGUCGCCGCUGCACUCUGCACGCAUCCACCCCCGACCCCUCUUAGAACUCCUAAU